AUGGGACACAUUGCGCGUCUCGAGAUCAAGGACUUCAAGUCGUACGGCGGUUCGCACGUGAUCGGUCCGUUCCAUCGCUUCACGGCCGUCGUGGGCCCCAACGGCAGCGGCAAGAGCAACCUCAUGGACGCCAUUUCCUUUGUACUGGGCGUGCACUCGCGUCAGUUGCGCUCGACGCAGCUGCGAGACCUGAUACACCGCGCUCCAGGCGACGACGUAACGGACACGGAGCGCUCGGCGUCCGUCACGCUCGUGUACGCGCUGGCAGCCGAUGAGACGCUGCCGGCCAAGUCGGUGUCGACUCAGCAUCUGAGUCCAACUGAGACUCCGAAUCUGAUUCUGAGUCCGCGGGAGCUCACAUUCACGCGGCUCUUGUCGGACAAAGGCGUGGGGUCGUACCGCCUCAACGGCCACGACGUGAGCUCCGAGACGUACCAGAGCCAGCUCAAGGACAUUGGCAUCUUGGUGAAAGCCCGCAACUUUCUCGUGUUCCAAGGAGACGUCGAGUCCAUUGCAAGCAAACGUCCGGCCGAGCUGACAAAGCUCUUUGAGCAGAUUUCCCUGUCGGACGAGCUCAAGACCGAGUACGACCAGCUGCUCGAAGCAAAGAACGCUGCCGAAGAAGACACGAUCUUUGCGUACAAGCGGAAGAAAGGACUGGUGGCCGAGAAGAGACUGGUGAGAGAGCAAAAGGAAGAGGCAGAGCUGUUUCGAGGAAAGUUGGAAGCUCUGAACACUCUCCGCGUCGAGCACUACUUGUGGCAGCUUUUCCAGGUCGAGGAUGAUAUCAAACAGCGCGAAGAAACUGUGCGGCAAUACCUAGAAGCGAAUCGUGUUUGUUUGCAGAAGGGAGAGGACGUUGCGCAGGUUUAUAAUGAAAAGAAGAAACAACUGAGCGCGAGUUUUCGGGACGUAAAAGUCAAUCGUGGACAGAUCCAAGCUGUGCAGAACGAGGUGGAGGAUAUCCAGCCGCAAUUGUUCAAGCUGCGUGAGCAGAUCACGUAUGCUCGGAAAAAGAUUGCCGAGGCAGAAGCAGCCGAGAAGACUAUGAAGCGGCGGCACGAGGGAAAGUCGACUGAAGUGGAGGACUUGAAACGAGAUUUGCAGGAACUGGAAAAAGCAAAGGCAGAACUGGACGCAAACCAGAAACGCGCGGGUCAAGGUGGUGAAAAUGGAGCGCUAGUUCUCGAAGGCUCACGCUUGGAAGAGUACCAUCGACUGAAAGAAGCAGUUCAAGUCCAGACGAGUGCAUUGCGAAACGAGCUGGAGUCCAUCUUGCGUCAGCAGACGGCGGAUCAAAACAAAGUCGAGACGUUGACUCAAGACCGCCAGGAGAAUCUGAAGAUGGUGGAUAUGCUUACCGAGGACCGGAAAGUAGCUGACGAACGAAUCGUCACGAUGCAACAGGUCAUUGCCGACACGGAGCAUGAUAUCGCUCAAGUCGAAGCGACAUUGCAGACGGUCGAUAAAGAGAAUCGAAGUCAAGCACGCAAGAAGGAAAAGCUGUCUGACCAAUUGACUCGCGUCAGCAACAAGUUGCGCGAUCUCAAAGACGAUAAGCGGCAGUCACAAGCCGAAGCACGCAGAGCAGAGACGCUCGAGACUUUGAAGCGAUUGUAUCCUGGUGUUCGUGGUCGUCUUGUGGACCUUUGUAAACCGAUACAACGCAAGUAUAACAUGGCCGUAACUGUGGCUACUGGAAAGCACAUGGACGCAAUUGUGGUGAGCGACUAUCGAACCGGCCAAGACUGCAUCCAGUACCUACGUGAUUUCCGUGCAGGCAGUGCCCCGUUCAUACCGUUGGACAGAAUUCGAGUCAAACCCAUUAAUGAGCGAUUCCGUGGUCUCGGAAACAACAUCAAGAUGGUGGUGGACGUGAUCGAAUGCGAUGCAGAUAUCGAGCCUGCACUGCACUAUGCCGUUGGCGACACUGUCGUUUGCGAGUCGAUAGACAUCGCUCGCGACCUGUGUUUCCGUCAGAAUGAAAAAGUGAAAGCAGUGACACUGGACGGGAAAGUGGUUAGCAAAAACGGAAGUAUGACAGGUGGCAAGACGCAAGGUGACUCGCGCCGAGCUGGUCGAUGGGAUGAGAAGGAGGUUGAGGCUUUACAGCAACAAAAGGAUGGUCUGGUCGAUGAGUUGCGCGCGUUGGAUCGACAUGGUGCAUCAUAUGCGAAGUUGCAGACACUGCGUACGCAACUGGAAGGAUUGCAUAGCCGGCUUAGUCGUGCGAAGGCUGACCUGGUGAUUACACAAGGGAAAAGACCUAAGAUUCAAGCACGAAUCGAUGAUGCGGCGAAACGAGUCGCAAAAGUGAUCGAUCCAGAGCUACACAAGUUCAACGCUGCUAUAGCGUCCAGAACGAGCAAGAUUACAGCGCUCCAAGAACGAAUCAAUGGCGCAGAGGACGAAAUGUUCGCAGAGUUUAGUGAAGCGGUCGGUGUCGAAAGUAUCCGUGUCUACGAGGAGACCGUGCUCAAUCGACACCUCAAAGCUCUAGAAAUGCGCCGCAAAAUUACGGAGCAUGAAGCCAAGCUGUGCGCACAGAUCGAGUAUCUACAGUCACAAGACUUUGGUCAGCCUAUGCUUGCAGCAAAAGAAAAAGCAGCCCGAGAGUACCAGCGCUUGAGACAGCUAUCAGAAGAAGAAGCUGGGCUCCUAAAACGAGAGGCGGCAUUAUCGAAAGAGAAAAAAGAGCUAGAGGGGCAACGCAAAAGCUUGAUUGUUGCGGUGGACGAACUGGAAAAAGCGCUUCGUGAGACCGGCAGCAAGAAGGCAAAGUACGAGGAGCGGGCAGGCAAAAUCCGGCGGAGGAUUGCAUCGGAGGAGACGGUGCUGGAGCGUUUGAAAGACCACAAGACUGAAACAUUCAAGCGCGCUUCGUUGGAUCAAGUCACAAUACCCACUGUUGCUCGCAAACAAUCUGACCGCGGUUCCGAGGAUGCUGAGAUGGAGGAUGCCGGGGGGCCACGCUGCCUUGACGAUGCUGAGCUCUUACUAGGGAAGGAUGCGGCAAACCAAGAAGUAGAUUUCUCAGCUCUUCCAGACGCCCACGUCGUGGUCGACGAUAAGGAAUUUGACGAGAUCAACUCCGAUUACGAGAAGCGGAUUGGACUGCUGCUUACUGAUUUGGACCGUAUGCAGCCGAACAUGCGCGCGCUCGACAAGUUUGACGUGAUCCAACAUCGAAUCGGCAAGGAAGAAGAGGAACUAGACCGAAUCAAGCAGCGGACUCUGCGAACGGCGUCGCAGUUUGAAAAGGUCAAGCUUGCUCGGUAUGAGCGCUUCAUGAAAGCGUUCAACCACGUUUCGGGCGUGAUUGAUUCAACGUACAAGCAGCUCACAAAGAGCUCGAAGCAUCCGCUAGGAGGUACGGCGUACCUUAGCUUGGAGAACUUGGAAGAGCCAUACUUGAGCGGCAUGAAGUACAACGCCAUGCCGCCAAUGAAACGCUUCCGUGAGAUGGAGCAAUUGUCAGGAGGUGAGAAGACGGUGGCGACUCUCGCUUUGCUGUUUGCGAUCCACAACUACCGCCCGACACCAUUCUUUGUGCUCGACGAAGUGGAUGCUGCGCUGGACAAUGUGAACGUGAACAAGGUGUCGACGUACAUCGCGAACUGCGACUUCCAGUGUGUUGUGAUCUCGCUGAAGGACUCGUUUUACGAAAAGGCCGAUGCACUUGUCGGAAUUUGCAAAGACAUCACCUCGCAGCAAUCGCGAUCCAUGACGUUGGAUCUCACCACGUUCAGUUAA